UUUUCCAACGAACAAUACAAAAAAAAGUCUCCGACGGAGAAAUCAAAAAACCCAAAAAUCAAAGCUUUUGAUUUUGUGUUCCAUCAAAAAACCCAAAUGACUCAUCUCACGAUUGUAAUCGUUUCUAUCAUCUUCCUCUCUCCACUCGCCUUCGCCGUCACCGCCGAAUCAGAAACUCCGACGGCGUAUUCCCUCCUCCAAAGCUAUAACUUCCCCGUAGGAAUCCUUCCAAAAGGAGUCGUGGCUUAUGAUCUAGACACAACGACAGGCAAAUUCCAUGCGUAUUUCAACAACUCGUGUAGCUUCUCUCUUGUGGGUUCUUACCAAUUGAAUUACAAAUCGACGAUCAGUGGUUACAUCUCCGAGAACAAGCUCAAGAAACUGACUGGUGUUAAGGUCAAAGUUUUGUUCUUGUGGCUUAACAUCGUCGAGGUUAUCAGAAACGGAGACGAGAUGGAGUUUUCAGUUGGGAUCACGUCGGCGAACUUCGCGAUUCAGGAGUUUUUGGAGUCGCCUCAGUGUGGGUGUGGGUUUGAGUGCAAAGAUUCGAAAUUGGACUCGUUUGCGAGGAGAAACACUCCUUUGGUUUCUUCCUCUUGAAUUUGAGAAAAAGGUUCAAAUUUUUCUUUUUGUAAUUUGUGUUUCAAGAAAAAAGUCUUUACCUUUUAGAAAAAAGAUCGCAUCUUUUUGUUAUGUAUUGUCCCAAUAAUAAUUAUGAGCGUUAGUUUCUGGAAUUCGUAAUUGUUUUACUUAAGUUCUGUUUUAAGGGAUUCAAGUUGUGUAAUGGUGAAAGAAGAGAUAUUGAAGGGAGAUGUGAGAACAUUUGUGAAGUGAAUUCAUCUUAUCUGCUCAAAAGAAGGGAUUCAAUGGUGAAUUUGGCUUUUUUUUGUGAUC